UCUGCCAGGAAGCUGUGUGGGAAGCCUUCCGUAUUUUUCUGGAUCGGAUCCCUGAUACUUCUGAAUAUCAGAACUGGGUUACUGCCUGCCAGAGGGAAACCUUCUGCAUAUUUGACAUUGGCAAAAACUUCAGCAAUUCCCAAGAGCACCUGGAAAUAAUCCAACGGCGAGUAAAACAUAGAACCUUCCAGGAAAGGAAAGAUGAAAUAUCCACAGAGAAAACAGGUGGCAAAAAGCUGGAAGACAUUCCUUCCAUUUCUACAGGCUCUUCUGGCAUAUCCCUCUCUCCGUAUGCACCAGUCCCUAACGGCACGCUGCUCAAUGAAAUUGUUAACGACACGAAGACUCCUGUGAAGGAGCUGGGAACAAAUACAGUCCCAGAACUGCCUGUGGAGCAAAUGGUGGAAUUCAGUGUCACCCUCACUGAUCAGGAGUACACACCUGAGCUUAGUGAUCCCAACUCCCCACAGUACCGACAGCUAGCUGCCAAAUUUCAGCUACAGAUGCAAAAAAUAUUUGAGAAACUUCCAGGAUUCAAAGAAAUUCACGUAUUAGGAUUUAAACAGAAGAAGGAGAAAGAUGGAUCAAGCAGCACUGUAGCACGAUACAUGGUAAACUUUGAGAGGGAUGGCUCAGAAAUCAAAAGCACAGCAGAUGACAUCUCAACUAUUGGAUCAAAUAAGGUUGAAAAUGAAAAAAUUCCACUUUCUCCAAAGGAAGAGAGGGAGAUAUCAGCAUCUAAACUCACAGUAACAGACCUUCAGCAACUGGUUGCCAUAGCACUCCACGAAGACCAGUCCCUGCCGAUGGACCUUGGAACCCUUCAGUUUACUGACGAAUCUUUUAUAUCACCUCGUGAUUUUGAUAAUGAUAUCCAGCCCAUGGUCACUAUUCCUCUGACGGGUCCUGAUUUGGAGGACUCCAUGAGCGUGGAACUCCCACUCGGUUACCCCAGCCCAGCAACAGCGGACCAAACAGGAGACGUCUUGGUCAGUGAAUUUACAACUGGAAUCCCUGUGCUAAGUGGAAAGAUCAGUGCUCCAGAAGACUUUAAUAAUUUUGUUUCAUCUGAACCUGUGUUCCCUACCAAACCUUCCAGAGAACCAUUUCAGGACAGAUCUCCUCCAGACACAGAAGGUAUCGCUACUGACCACCAAAGUUUCACAGUGCCUUUCAGUGCUCUGGGUAGCACUAGCAGUCCUCCAAAACCAGAGGAUUCCUAUUUGCCUCCUCCAGCAGAUGAUUCUGCUAGCAAUGACUUGAUCACCGAUGGCUAUGAGUCUCCAGUGGAGCAGGCUACUACAGUGGUGGUUUAUACCACAGGCAGCUUUACCCCAACAGAUCUCCUGCAAGCCAGAGAUGAGAGUAGUGAAGCUGAGGAGAAGAAAGAACUGACUGAUAUAACAGAACCACCUUUCAAGGAAGCUGACCAAGAUAGUUUGUCUGGUCAAG